CGGGUCUGGGGGCGGGAGGCCGGAGCAGCUGUCAGGCUAAAGUCCGGCGAGCUUCGCUCUGCUGGACAGCAGGAGGAAGUGCGGCGCGGGGCCGGGCCCUGGAGAUGGUCCCCGGCGCCCCGUGCUGGUGUUUUCUGGUGUUCUGGCUGCCCGCGUGCGUCGCGGCCCACGGCUUACGCAUCCAUGAUUAUUUGUACUUUCAAGUGCUGAGUCCUGGGGACAUUCGAUACAUCUUCACAGCCACACCUGCCAAGGACUUCGGUGGUAUCUUUCACACGAGGUAUGAACAGAUUCACCUUGUCCCUGCUGAACCUCCAGAGGCCUGUGGGGAACUCAGCAACGGUUUCUUCAUUCAGGACCAAAUCGCUCUGGUGGAGAGGGGGGGCUGCUCUUUCCUCUCUAAGACCCGAGUGGUACAGGAGCAUGGUGGGCGGGCAGUGAUCAUCUCUGACAAUGCAGUUGACAACGACAGCUUCUAUGUGGAAAUGAUCCAGGACAGUACCCAGCGCACGGCUGACAUUCCUGCCCUCUUCCUGCUCGGCCGAGAUGGCUACAUGAUCCGUCGCUCUCUGGAACAGCAUGGGUUGCCAUGGGCCAUCAUUUCCAUCCCAGUCAAUGUCACCAGCAUCCCCACCUUUGAGCUGCUACAACCACCCUGGACCUUCUGGUAGAUCUGGUCCCACAUUCCAGCCUUAACUGACUCUGGGCUGGGAAGGGGAAACCCACGAAUUCUGCUAUUUGGAAUCUGGGGAGCACAUCUGGGGACAAGUGGAGCCAAGCACAGGGAAGAAAGCCACACCACUGGCUCUCCCUCACCAAGGCUCCUAAGGACAUCUUGUGCUACAGGAAGAGGCAAGAGCCAAGCUCCAGGGCUUCUGGCAGCAAUCUAGAACAAAAGGAGCUAGAGGCAGGCUACCUGAAAGCCACCUGUGACCUGUGACAUUCCACCUGGUUCAACCUAUCCAACCCACGGUCUCCUCACAGUGACCUUCAUGGGAGUUGCUGGAGAGGUUUAAAGAAUUGAUGUCUGGGGACUCAAUAAACCCUGACUUUUUAGCAAUAAAGCUUCUCAUCAGGGUUCUGUCUCCUACAAUAAGGAUACACAGGUGUGGGGUUUCCAGACUUACUCUUCUGGUCCCAAACCAUCAUUUUGAGGAAAAACAAUUGAGGUCCAAUCACUUUCCCUAGAUUCUUUAGGACCAAUGCUCAGGCUGUUGGAUCUCAAUGCAGCCCCCUGCUGAAGAGAUCAGGAAGCCCCCAGAAAGCUGUAGUUCAGCUCCUUGGGAAGAAGGAUCAUCUUGUAGCCUAGUGCUGGGGUCAAAACCAGGCUUCAGCAGAUCUUUAUUCUGACUUUAGGAACAUUUGCACAGCAAAGUGUGGCUGAAACAAGAGGUGAGCAUAGCUGGGGACUGUAGCUCCCAUCUGCUGUCAUCACGUAGUCUAGCUUGUGUCCCUUUGCACCUAACCUCUAUGACUGCUGGGAGCCCUGUCCAGCUGUUCUCCAUAAAACAAUCUUACAAAG